AAUCACUUCUGUUGUAGAUAUGGAUGCAAGUGAAAGUCCCACGGGAGAUAGGGUAUUGAUAGUUUCAAUGCUCAACGACAACAAGGCACUUUGUGUGCCGGUUUCUUCACGGACACCCCAAGACCAAUGGAGGAGGAAAUUUUCUCACCCUUUCGGGCAGCAGACGAUAUGCAUGUACAAACUAAGACCGUACAGCUUAGAAGACCUGAGGUCGACACCACAAAGACUACUGACCCGAGAAGAUCUUGAUCACAAGACCAGGAAGGCGGUUGACAGAAGUUUGCUCCGACUGGUUUUGGAUAGCCGUGGACAUAUCAGCACAAACAUUAGGAACUUGAAGAAAUAUCGCACAGUCGAUGGGAAGACUGCUAUCGUGCUGACAUGCCGGGAGGUCAACCGGUACAUCGGCGUGCCUCUCGUCCUGAUCAUGGAGGAGGACCCAAUGGUUCCCAGGCCGAUCGAUAAGAACCAACUGAUCGCCGAAGAUGGCCACAGAGGGGACCGGCUGACAAGACCAGAAAGACUCCUGGUGGCCGACGUGCUGGAGAGAAUCCUACAGGGGAUUUCUGGCAGGGAGUUGACGCCCCUUCCCGUGCGACCAGAAAGGGCACAGCAGAUACUACAGGUCCUGUGGCCUGCUUCAAAGGAUUGCAACCAGCCUUUCAGAGCUAACGCCUACCCCUACAUCUUGGAGAUGAUGUUCGUCAUCUACUACAGACAUCUGCGAUGGGGCUGCGUUGAUGUCGAAUGUCUUCCCUGUGACACCAUGGACGCGUUGAUGUCCCAUGCGCUUGACACGUGUAACGUCGUCACAUGUCCCCAGAAACAAUUCCUGACCAGAGCAUUCGCAAUGCACGUGAGAAAUGCCCAGUGUGGACGGAGCCCGAAGCCCUGCAGGAUCCCAUUCUGCGGACAAAUCAACUUCCUGGUCCGUUCAGAAGAUGUAAGGACGCCUUCACGUUGGCUGUGCAGCAUCACUAUGGAGAAAAUGAAAUAUUACAGCAGACUACCUGUAGAAAAUUGAGGCAAGUGCAUCUCGAUGGGAACACUCAAUAUCAGACAUCGUAAAUGAAAGUAAUUUGAUCACUGUUAUAAGUGUUCUCAUAUGACAAAGACUGCCCUAACAUCAAAUGUUCACUACUACACAAAUUAAAGCAAGAUUGGCAAAUGUAUUUUCUAUGAAAUAAGCCACAGGGUGGAAGUGUUAUAAUGUCACUUGCUUUAGAAAUUACAAACUUCAGAAGACGAAGAUGCUCAAUGUAAACUGCAAGAGAAAUCGGGCUGAGUAUGUUUGAAGUCUUUUAUUACUUAUGAGCGAAAGUCAUACGUGUUAUAAAUAUAUUAUGUAUGU